CGGCGGCUGCACAAAGAAGCUUUUUUCUCACGAAGAUGGAGGGCAAGAAUCCGAAGACCAGGAAGGACAUAGAAGAGAAAUAUGUUUUGGGGGCACUGAUCGAGCACUCUUUCAACUUUUUCUUCGUGGUGAUACUUUGCUGCUACAUCUUUCUUAUUUGGGGGGCCCUAAAGUACUACAAACUGUUAUAUGCCGUGGCAGCGAUCGCUUUCAUGUCGCCAUACUUUAUAAUGAUGCUACAGGUGUUGCCAUUUCUCAAAGGUUUCUACAUCGAGAAAUAUGCCACGGCUGCCCGUGAUGUUGGUCUCACCAACAAUGUGGCGAAUUACCUUAGCAAUUCUGAGGUCAACAAGUAUGUUGGCACGAUGCCAUAGUUAAGCUAUAUUAGUUAUCUUAGAGCCGGUGUGUGAAGUUAACUCAUAAAUGUAUUUGUAGUUUGUCGAUGCUACUUUGAAUGUUUUAAGUUUGAUAUUCCGCCAGUUUUAGUACUGCCUCUGCUCCGAAUUGUUUCGAAUUAUAAGUUAUAACAUAUUUCCAUAUGAACUAAA